AAACAAAAGGUUUUAUAAGUUCACAACAUUUUUUUAUAUACAUACAAAUAAAAUCUUACCAUUUUCCCUUCACUAAAAUUUCUUCAUUACAAAUCUAACAAUUUACUUGAUCCAAUGGCACCAUCAAUUGCACAAAAUGGGCAUAUUAAUGGAGAAGUAGCUAUGGAUUUGUGCAAGAAAUCAAUCAAUGAUCCAUUGAAUUGGGAAAUGGCUGCUGAUUCUUUAAGAGGCAGUCAUUUGGAUGAAGUGAAAAAGAUGGUGGAUGAAUUUAGAAAGCCAAUUGUGAAACUUGGGGGUGAAACUUUGACAGUUGCACAAGUUGCAUCCAUUGCAAAUGUUGAUGACAAAAGUAAUGGGGUUAAAGUGGAACUUUCUGAAAGUGCAAGGGCUGGUAUGAAAGCUAGUAGUGAUUGGGUUAUGGAUAGUAUGAGUAAAGGUACAGAUAGUUAUGGUGUUACUACUGGAUUUGGAGCAACAUCUCAUAGAAGAACAAAAAAUGGUGGUGCUCUUCAAAAAGAACUUAUUAGGUUCUUGAAUGCUGGAGUUUUUGGUAAUGGAAUAGAAUCAUCUCACACAUUGCCACAUUCAGCAACAAGGGCAGCUAUGCUUGUUAGGAUCAACACUCUGCUUCAAGGCUACUCUGGCAUUAGAUUUGAGAUCUUGGAAGCAAUCACUAAGUUGAUCAAUAGCAACAUCACCCCGUGUUUGCCUCUCCGUGGCACGAUCACUGCCUCGGGUGAUCUCGUCCCUUUGUCCUAUAUUGCUGGUUUGCUCACUGGCAGACCUAAUUCCAAGGCUGUUGGACCCAAUGGUGAGAAACUUAAUGCUGAGGAAGCUUUCUGCGUGGCUGGUGUUAGUGGUGGAUUUUUCGAGUUGCAGCCUAAGGAAGGACUUGCACUUGUGAAUGGCACAGCAGUUGGUUCUGCUAUGGCAUCAAUAGUCCUGUUUGAGUCCAACAUCCUUGCUCUUAUGUCUGAAGUUUUAUCAGCGAUUUUUGCUGAAGUGAUGAACGGAAAGCCCGAAUUCACUGACUAUUUGACACACAAGUUGAAGCAUCACCCUGGUCAGAUUGAGGCUGCUGCUAUUAUGGAACACAUUUUGGAUGGAAGCUCUUAUGUGAAGGCAGCUCAGAAGCUCCAUGAAAUGGAUCCUCUUCAAAAACCAAAGCAAGAUCGUUAUGCUCUCCGAACAUCUCCACAAUGGCUUGGACCUCAGAUUGAAGUCAUUCGUGCUGCAACUAAGAUGAUCGAGAGGGAGAUUAACUCAGUGAACGACAAUCCAUUGAUCGAUGUUUCAAGAAACAAGGCCUUACAUGGUGGCAACUUCCGUGAUUUUGGAGUUGCUUGGUGUGACUAUAAUAUGAUGCUAAAAUCUCUAAAAACACGUUAUUGA